GCCAUCUUUGCUGUUUAAAGAUGUCUGAUAGGCAAUUUGUUGUAUAAAAUUAUUGUUUAUAAAAAUUGUGGUUAAAUUUGGAUCGAUUUACAAUAAGUGUUAAGGAGUUCAAGACGAUGAGAGGACGUUCUGGAAGAAGAUCGAGGAGCCGAGAUCGUCGUCGCUCGCGGAGCCGCGACCGCGGUUACGGCGGCGGUGGACGCCGCAACACCGCCGGUGCUAACUUACGAAAACCCCGCUGGGAUUUAAGCCGUCUUGAACCGUUCAAAAAAGACUUCUAUGUACCACAUCCUAACGUAACAAACCGUCCAAGCUACGAAGUGGAAGAAUGGCGAAGAGACAAAGAGAUUACUCUGAAAGGAAAAUGCAUCCCAGAUUUAGUGUUUACAUUCGAGGAAGCUGGUUUUCCAGACUACGUUAUGUCCGAAAUUCGUAAAAUGGGCUUUAAACAUCCGACACCUAUACAGUCGCAAGGAUGGCCUAUUGCAUUAUCGGGACGUGAUAUGGUUGGAAUAGCUUCAACAGGGUCUGGAAAAACGCUUUCGUAUAUCCUUCCAGCGAUCGUACACAUCAACCAUCAGCCGAGGUUAUUGCGAGGCGAUGGACCCAUUGCGUUGGUGUUGGCACCCACGAGAGAGCUGGCACAGCAGAUACAACAGGUCGCAACUGACUUUGGUCGUUCAUCUAAAAUUCGCAACACUUGCGUUUUUGGAGGAGCCCCAAAAGGACCCCAAGCUAACGAUUUAAUGGAUGGUGUCGAAAUUGUCAUAGCAACUCCAGGCAGAUUGAUAGAUUUCUUAGAAAGUAAUAGAACGAAUCUUAGACGUUGCACAUAUUUAGUUUUAGACGAGGCAGAUAGGAUGCUUGAUAUGGGUUUUGAACCCCAAAUUCGUAAAAUAAUAGAACAGAUAAGACCAGACAGACAAACUUUAAUGUGGUCAGCGACUUGGCCUAAAGAAGUUCAAGCCCUAGCGGCCGAGUUUCUAAAAGAUUACAUUCAGAUAAAUGUAGGUUCAUUGCAGCUGUCUGCAAAUCAUAACAUACUUCAGAUUAUUGAUGUAUGUCAGGAAUAUGAGAAAGAGACGAAAUUGAGUACGCUUCUUAAAGAAAUCAUGGCAGAGAAGGAAAAUAAAACGAUCAUUUUUAUUGAAACUAAAAAGAGAGUGGAUGAGAUUACGAGAAAAAUGAAACGUGAUGGAUGGCCAGCGGUCUGCAUACAUGGAGACAAGUCGCAACAGGAGCGAGAUUGGGUUUUACAAGAUUUCAGGACUGGUAAGGCCCCAAUUCUGGUGGCGACGGACGUGGCAGCGCGGGGUUUAGAUGUAGAAGACGUAAAAUUUGUAAUCAAUUUUGACUACCCGUCCAAUUCCGAAGACUACGUGCACCGUAUUGGUCGCACGGGGCGUUCGCAACGCACCGGAACAGCCUAUACAUUUUUCACACCGUCAAACGCCAACAAAGCGGCCGAUUUGGUGUCCGUUCUUAAGGAAGCCAAACAAGUAAUCAAUCCGAAGCUUCAAGAAAUGGCCGAUAAUCGAAACUGGGGCUCAAAUGGCAAUUCGGGUCGUGGACGCAAUCGUUGGGGCAGAGGCCGAGGCCACCAGCUGUCACACAGGUCGCUUUCCCGCUCGAGAUCGCGGUCUCCUCGUAGAGGAAGACGAGACAGGACGCGAUCGAGAGAUAGAAACAGGAGAAAGAAGUCGCGUAGUAUAAGUAGGGAUCGUAGUCCUCGUAAUAACAAGUCAGCACCCUCACAACAGCCUCCACCCCAACCCUUGAUGUCGUAUCAAAACAUCCCUCCACCAACACCGUUCGGGAGUUACUCUUUGUCCAAUGGAUCGAUGUUUUUUAACGCACCGCCGCCACCGCCCCCAACACAAGGUGUUACAGGGUUGUAUUACAACUAUACUGCGCCGCCUCCGACACCGCGUUAAUGUGAGGCGUGAUUUAUUUGCGGUACCUGACUGUUGUAUUAGGUUUUAGACAGUGGUAUGGAAAUUGUCCUAUUAAUUUAGUUAUCUCGAUUUUUGUAUUAUGUACAUAUUAAACGAAGUAUUUUCAGCUCUUUAUUUUAACAAUUAAGUAGGAUUGCGUUAGAUUCCUAUGUAAUAUACUUUAUAAAAUUAUUAUUUGUACUGUUCUAAUGUUUUAAGACGUCUAUUGAUUCUUUAAGAUUCUCUGUCAAUUAUUUAUUUCGUACUUUUACAGUAAUAAACUAGCUGUUUUAAU